AUGGCAAUAAUUAAAUACUCUUGCAUUCUCAUACUUAUGAGCCUUCUAAGUUUUGGCUCGUCUGAUACUGGGAUCGGAACCAUCAACGACCCUCCAUACUUGCCAUCAAAAUGUUAUGGAUACCAGGAUAAAGGAGUUAUGAUAGCGGCUGCAAACGAGGAUUUAUUUCAAGGCGGGGCAGUAUGUGGAAAAUAUUUCCAAGUGACUUGUACCGGCGGGACCAACCUAGGUACACCUCACCCUUGUACAAGCACCCCAACGGUGACUGUAAUGAUCACAGAUCUCUGCCCACCACCUGGUUGCAAUGGUGACCUUGACUUAUCACGCGAAUCCUUUUCCGCCAUUGCUGAUCCUGCAGCUGGAGGAAUCAAAAUCUCUUACCAAGAGUAUGAAGUUUUUCUUCAAUUCUUUUUUACAUUGGCUCUUUAA